AUGGGGAAGAAUGCUUUUGAUUGCAAGCCUGAAUUUCCAAGUACAAAGAAUUCAAAGAUAUGUGAGAAGGCUUACAAGUUGACUGCUAACCUGCAAAGUGAUCGUGAUCUUUACGAAGAAUAUAUUGCAGCUCGAGUUUGGCCUCUCAGGAAGGGUUGGAGUUUUAUUCGUUUUCAUAAGAAAGUUGUGAGGGGUAAAUAUUAUAUUUAUCCUGACAAAGAAGCUUUUUGCCCGAAGAAGUACACAAGAGAUGAGGAUUUAGUUUCUGCUGUUGAAGUUAAGGCAGAUGAGAUUCUGGGCAAAUUUUUGAAGAAAGAGAAGGAUUUGAUGGAUAAAAUUCUUGGAAAAGAUUAUAAGCGUUUGAAUAGAAUAUUUGAAAUUGCCCAAAUCAAAUAUGAUGAAAGACCUCCACCAACAUAUACUCAUGCAGUGAAGCCGAGCGUAGAGAAUGUUACGAAGAAGAAAAGAGAUGGUGGGCAACUUGCUAAAAGGACUAGCAAUAAAAAGAAGGUUUCAGCUUCUUUUGAUUCAGAAAAGGUUGCAGAAGAUGAAGUUAAUUUGGGUCUUGAUGUUGACAGUCAAGAGAUUCUUAGUCAACAGGCUUGUGAUGAUGAGAAUUUGGGGGCCACUUUGCAUUAUGGUGAAGAUGUUGGUGAGGCUAGUUUGUCUUUGCCUCUGAAAAAUGUUGGCGAAGACACUUUGCCUUCUUCCCCAGCUGUUCUGGCUUCUUCUCUUGUUCUUGAUACUGGCGGUGCUGCUGACGCAACCGCUACUGUUGAUGUGCAAAUGGAAGAAGGAACUGUAGGAGAUGUUGGUGCUACUCUUCACAUUGCCUCUCCUCCCCGAGUUGUGAUUCAAGAUACUGAUUUGGGAGGUGGGCCUAUGGAGACUGAUGCUCCAAAAGUUAAUGCUCACAAGGGUAAGGGUACUACUACGGUUACCCUUGAUUUUGAUGAUUCUGAUGAUGAUGUAUUUGACGAAGAGGCUGAGCACGUCCUGGCUUCUCGUCUUACUGAGUCCACAAUUGAUGUGAAUACUAGUGAAAAAGUUGCAUGUCAAUUUGAGAAGGGUGUUUCUACGGAGGAAUUUUUUCAUGAUCUUUUAUCUCAGAAGGACACUACUGUUUACAUUAGAAAGAUGAAGGGUGUGGCUCAGGAGCCUGCUACUCCUACCGAAGCCCUAGAAACAAUUCCUGGCAGAGUUGUCCCUGAGACGUACAAAAGGUGCAUGGAGUACUGCUAA